GUACCAACCUAAUGAUAUCUCAACAUUACAAUACUGUGAUAUACGCACAAUAUUUUUUAAAUAUUAAUCAGCUGUGAUUUUGUACUAUUAUAUCCAAUGCAAUUUAGUAUAUCAUAUACAGAUAUUAUUUACGUUGGUGGUAAAUGACAUGAAUUUUGUGAUGUCACAUUCAAACCUAGAAUUAUUAAGAAAUCUCGCACAAAAAAAUUAACAGGUACGAUGACCUUCAUGUUGAGUCAAAUGAUUUUCGUGUUUUCCUUAUAACUCUAAGUAAUAUUUAUUCAUGCAAAUUUGACGGUUUCAUAUUUUUAACAUCAAUGAGUACUUACUUAAAUUACUUAUCACAUUGUCAUGUAUAAACCUUUUGUUGGUUCAUUUGGUGGAUGUUAUUAAGUGGUCAAUGACUAUAUUCAGGAUAGGUGAUGAUCAAUUAUCAUAGUUAUCGCUAUAUUAGCACAUCGUUCAUUACCGUCCUCACAACCUAUAUCAUGGAAGGACUCAAAAUUCCACAGUCAUUUUCAAGGAAUACUUUUACGCGAAUCUUAUCGUAUAUAAAUCUUUAACGAAAUGAUAUUAUUAAAGAGAAAUAUUGUUUUAUUUUUUACAUUUUGUAUAGUAGCUCUAUCAAAGCAAAGGUCACUUUAUACAGAUAGUGAAACUACACGUUAUACAAAUGCAGCAUUAACAUUCAAUUCUACGUUCAGUGUUUUUCAACUUAAUCUUACAACAUCCACAGAACUUCCUAAAUCAAACGUGUCUUUAAAUAAGUCUUUUGUUGAAUUGGCAACAGACAAUCUUACAAAAAGUGAAACAGUGAACCCAGUGAAAAAUAUAAUAUUUACAACUGAAGAGUCGUUAAAUGAUGAUAGUGCUACAACUUCAACAGUUUCAAACACAGUAAUUAAUAUUUCUGGAGGUACUUCUUCAGUUCUGUCAAACAUUGUUAUUCCUGUCAUCGAAAAUGUCACCUCCAUGGAUUCUACAAUAAAAGAACUAAAAGAUACCACAACAGAACACGAAACAAUUCUACAAUCAGAUGCAGUUAAAUCUUCUGUUCAUCAGAAAAAGAUAAUAUCUUCUCCAUUGGAUCAACCUACCGAUUCAACAAUUAAAGAAGAGUAUUCAGACGCUGAAUUAUUAGUAAUUCCUUUGAAUAAUGAAGAUUCAUCUACUGCAAAAAAGUUAGCUGCUGCAUAUUCUGAUACAGUUGAAAGAAUUGUGCAAACGAGAACGGUAGAAGAAACUUUACCAGCAGUAAGCACAGAUGUGAUACUUGAUAUAGUAUCUACCGUAUCAUAUCCAAGUGUUGUAAAUCUUGAAACUAAAAUUAGCCCUAUUCCUCUUUCGGCGACAAGAAUUGAGUACUCAAUUAAUUCACCUAAAAUAUACACAGAACAGUCAACAUUAUCACAUAUGGAAUUAAGCAGCAAUGAAGAUGUUACUUCUCCGCUGUUCGUUCAAUUUGCCGCUGAAAAUGGACUUACAAAUACUCCAAGCUCUCCUAUACAUAUUUUAGAUAAUACAGAAUCACUACCAACCACCAUUUCUACUUUUAGCUCAAAUGAAACUCCUUUGGAUGGUAUUGCAAUAAGUGACUCUCCAAUCCCGACUAAUCCAUCAUCCCCCUACGUUACAACUCCUGUUCAGAUAAAUGAUAAUAUUAAAGAAAUUGUUGAUUAUGCCAUUAGUGCAACCACGAUCAGUAGCAAAGCAGAGGAAUCUGAAUUACUUAUAGCUGCAGCAUCCGUUGGCGUCGUACAGUCAAACCAUGAAGAAACUAUUUCAGAAAGACUAAUCGAUACAACUACUACAGAACCUAUGAAGGAAACGGACACUUUAUUAAUCUCAUUAGCUUCUGCAAAUCCACUAAAUAGUACUGAGAACACUUUAAAGGAAAAAUCGACGCUACACGAGUUGACUGAUUCGAUCCAGCUUUCAACAACAUCAGAACCACAUUCAAUUGCUAGAACAACGUCUUCUACAGUUGACACAAUUCAUGUAUCAAUAGAUGAUAUUAUCUUUGAUCCCAGUAUUAUUUUAGCAAAGAGAAGUCUUCAACGUCCAUUAUUUAUCAAGAAACAAGUUGAUGCAGUUGCGGAUGAGAACGUCUUAGAGAAAAAGAAUAUUAAUCGAAGAGCCGUACAUCCUAUUCCACUAAGUAUUCCGAAUGAUCAUCUGCGACCUGACGAAGAAGAAGGAUCAAGAACUAAAAGAGACAAUGAAGAAAAUUACGAUUUGGAUACGGCUGACAAUUUUUAUUGGUGUAAUUGGAUAUCAUCUGGAAAUGAAUUAAAGUGGCACCACAAUGCCCGCUCUUAUAAUUACAGAACCGAUUAUCAUAGAUCCCCACCCUUUAAGCUUAUUCCUGUAUUCUCUGGUUAAAAAUUUAUAUUAAGUAAAUCAUUACUAACUUAAUUUUAGAUAUUGAAAAAUGAUGUACAUUAUUUUAUUUAAAUAAAUAUUUCAAUAUCUAUAAAGUAUCGCGUAUUGUUGAUUU